AUGACAACACAAAUUCUAAACGACGGUAUUGAUUUUUUUAGGGAGAAAUUUGUUGGGUAUCUUACCUUAACUUUGAAAGAGAAAUAUGGUUCUCAAUGGAUGGAUUGUGCUUUAAAUCCUCCAGGUCAAGAUUCAUUAAUGUCAGGAAGAAAGAACUCAGAGAGAUGGGAUAUACAGUUUUCCUCACAAAUAUUUCAUGCUCAUUGGGAUUCUCUUUACAAAGAUAAAGUUGAUGGCAAAUUCCCCAAAGCCUUGAUGACAUUAAUAAAGUUUUAUAGAAAUGAGUGAGCUCAUCAAAGCGCAUUAGGGAAUAGAGAAGUUUAUAGAGCGAUUGAUGCAAUGCAAUGAAUGCUAGAAUCACUUACUGCUUUAUAUGGAAUAUAAAUCUAUAAAAUUUAUAGCCCGGGGCCUCGUUUGGGUUACUUUGGACUGUAAAGCGCCCUACUAACUGGCGGGUUUGGCUAGGGCUGCAACUUUGCCAAGUCAAUUCCAGUUGGUAAGACACUUUGCAGCCUAGGGCAAUCCAAAGGAGGCCCUGAGCUAUACCAUAAUAAAAACAAUUUAAUAUCAUUGCCUUAUGUAUGGCAAAUUAUAUUAUUUAUUGUAGAUUUAAUUAGAUGAAAAAUCCUCAAUUAGUAAAUAUAAAAAAUUAUAAUAAGCUGUUUUUUAUUUUUCAUAUAAUAGCAAAAUGAUAGUAAAUACUAUAAAAGGAAGUUUAAAGUUGACGCAGGAUUACUAGAAAACAGCAGAAAUAAUUUAAUGCUAGAAAUGUGCAGACAAAGCCCAUAUCUACAAAUGGAAGCAAAAGUAAAAGCUGAUAAUAGCGCAGCAAAAAUUUUGUCUCACAAUCGAAGUGAUCCUAGAAAAAUUCAAGCUGAAGUCAAGCCUGCAAUUGAGACAAAAAAAUUGACAUAUACAAUUAUAGAUAAAGCUCCAGAAGAAAAACGAGAAAUUUAUGACAUAAAAGAAAUUAAAAAACAAGUUGAGCCAAUUUAUUAUGUCCCUCAAAAUCAGCCAAUUGGAAUUGACCAAACACAAAAUUUAGCACACCAAAAUAUUUAUGCAAACAUAGGAUCAUAUAAUCCUACUAUGUCUACGAGUCAGCCUUUAGUUUUUACAUGUAUGGCUUGCAGCAGUGCAAUUAACGAGACUCAAAAAUAUACUUGUUAUGGUCAUAACUGCAUAGUAUGCACUAAUUGCUUGGUGAAAGUGUAUCAAUAUCAUGGCGUUUUUGCUUGUCCAAGAUGCCAAACUCCUUUGACUGAAAACGAUCAGCAAUACUUGCAAAGCCUUUUUAAUGCUAACUAUCAUGCUAACUUUUAUGAAAAAUAA